GCCGCUCGCAGCUCUGAACGGGCGGCGCGUGAAUCAGAGACGUCAGGUGCCGCGCUGGAGGAUGCGCUGCGUGUCCUCAGAGCUCGGAGGAUGCUGAGGAAUCAAAGCGCAGGCGUGGAAACGGGAGGCAGCCAAUCUUGCGCAGACGGCGCUGAGUCCAUUGAUGCUGCUGCUGUAAAUAAUGAUGGCGAGGACGCAGGCUCCAACAUGCCGCGGUGCUCGCGCUUGACGCCUUUUCACGCCGAUGGUUCAGCUAUUUCGCGGGAACGCCUCGCCAGCUCGACCUGAUGGUUUCCGUGUGACGCGAGCCGAAGAGACGGGCGGCUUCUUCUCGUCAACUCGCGGGAUAAAGCGGGUCAUUAUGACCUUAGUAUCCUCCAGUCCAAGAAAACCAUGGGAUCGUUUGUACGCGGCAGCUCUCUGCUUGCAUUUCUGGCUUUGGAUCGCGGUGUCCGGAGAGGAGCAUCAUCAUCAUCAUCAUCAUCGUCAGUUCAGUGUGGAGGGUUGGCUACAGAGGUAUGGAUAUCUUCCCCGCACAGAACCGGGAAUGUCAGUGCUUCGCUCGGCCCAAACCAUGCACUCCGCCAUCGCUGCCAUGCAGCGGGUCUACGGCCUCAAUGUUACCGGGACGCUGGAUGAGAGGACCAAAGAUGAUAUCACGAUAAGCUGGAUGCAGAAGCCUCGCUGCGGCGUUCCCGACAGGUUCCGGAGCGCCUCCAGGUCACGGAAGCGGAGAUACGCGCUCACAGGACAGAGGUGGCAGCGUACUCACAUCACCUACAGCAUCAAAAACGUCACGCCCAAGGUGGGCGCCCGGGAGACCCACGACGCCAUCCGCCGUGCUUUCGACGUGUGGCAGGGAGUGACGCCUCUCCGCUUUGAGGCCGUUCCCUACAGCGCCCUGGAGGCCGGCAGGCGGGACGUGGACAUCACCAUCAUCUUUGCCUCGGGCUUUCACGGCGACAGCUCCCCCUUCGACGGCGAGGGAGGCUUCCUGGCCCACGCCUACUUCCCGGGGCCGGGCAUCGGAGGGGACACGCACUUCGACUCAGACGAGCCCUGGACCCUGGGGAACCCCAACCACGACGGCAAUGACCUUUUCCUGGUCGCGGUUCACGAGCUGGGCCACGCUCUGGGUCUGGAGCACUCCAACGACCCCACCGCCAUCAUGGCUCCCUUCUACCAGUACAUGGACACGGAGAACUUCAAACUACCUCACGAUGACCUCCAGGGCAUCCAGAAAAUCUACGGUCCACCAGACCGAGCCCCUCAGCCGACCAGGCCUCCCCCCACGGCCCCGCCUCCUCGUUUCCACCUCCCCUCAGACCCCCGCAAGCACGACCGCCACGCCAGACCUCACCGACCCCCGCAGGGCGCCAAGCCCUCCAACCCCAACUCCAAGCCAAACAUCUGCGACGGCGGCUUCAACACGCUGGCCAUCCUGCGCCAGGAGCUCUUUGUCUUCAAGGACCAGUGGUUCUGGAGGGUCCGAGACAACUCUGUGGUUCCUGGCUAUCCCAUGCAGAUUAACUACUUCUGGAAGGGGCUCCCUCCCAAGAUCGACGCGGUGUAUGAAAACAGCGAGGGGAAGUUUGUGUUCUUCAAAGGAAACCGCUUCUGGGUCUUCAAGGACACCACGCUGCAGCCCUCCUACCCUCAGGACAUCUCGCUGUUCGGGAGCGGCAUGCCCACCCAGAGCAUCGAGACGGCGGUGUGGUGGGAGGACGUGGCCAAAACCUACUUCUUCAAAGGCGACAGAUACUGGAGGUACAACGAGGAGAUGAGGACAAUGGACCCGGGCUACCCCAAACCCAUCACCAUCUGGAAGGGCAUUCCUGACUCCCCUCAGGGGGCCUUUGUGGAUAAAGCCAACGGCUUCACAUACUUCUACAAGGGGAAGGAAUACUGGAAGUUCAACAACCAGCUGCUGCGCGUGGAGCCCGGCUACCCCAGAUCCAUCCUGAGAGACUUCAUGGGGUGCGACGGGCUGCCGGCGGACCCCGACUGGGACUGGAGCCCUCCGGUGGCCGAGGAGCGCCACUACGACAACGGAGACGUGGACGUGGUCAUCAAGCUGGACAGCGCAGGCGGGACGGAGAAGGCGGUGGCCAUCGCCAUCCCCUGCGUCCUGGCGCUCUGCAUGAUGGUGCUUCUCUACACCGUGUUCCAGUUCAGGAGGAAGAGCACGCAGCGCCACAUACUGUACUGCAAGCGCUCCAUGCAGGAGUGGGUAUAAGAGACGGCGACUGCUCUGCACCCAGCUGGCUGGCGAGGUGUCACCCCGGGCCCCAGGCGGCGCCGCGUCGGCAGAGUGCGCCGGCUGCGAGGAGCCGCUGACAGCAGCCAUGGAGCGACGGCGUCUCCAGCUUCUCUGCCUGUCGGCUUGGACUCUCUUUCCUCAGAUGAGCCAGUCUGAGUGAAGCCACUGUAAGUAAUUUGGACCUUUGUCAAUCCUCAUCUCUGCACGCCGCUUCAACAGCCCGUAGCUCCGACUUCAGUGGAGACAUUAGACUAGACUUCAAUAAAAGUCCUCAUCCUGAGCUGUGCGUUUUCUUGGUUCCAGUCGUUGUGUGAAGGACUGAUACACAAACCAAAUAUGACCUUUUCUUCCAAAGAGGAUGGCUGCUCCACCACGGGACGGACUGCUUUCUUUCCUCCAGGAUGGAGUGUGGUGGCAUCAGCGCCGAGACUUUCUCUCGCCGUUUCAGCUCAUCAGUUCCGUGUGACGUGUGGGGACGAGCGCCGGGGAACUGUUGCAAUAUUCUGAGGCUGCCUUAAUCACACUUUGCUUCUGCUCCCUCCUCCUCUGGAUACUUGACGCGGAGCGGGGACGGCGGGUCCUGCGCGCGCGUGUCCGUCCGAGCCGGUGUGUGUGUGUGUGUGUGUGGUUCUCAUGCGUCACCUGGUGUUUGCCCUUCACUGACCUUUCGAAGCCUCGGCGCUGCAUGAGGCGGAGCAACUCAACCUUCAGGCCAGACCAGGGCUUCUUCACCUUUCUGAUCUCGGGGCCCAACUCUCCCAGAACCAAUGGCCCCGGGGCCCAUUCAAGUCAUAGAAGUGAUUCAUGACUCUUGAUUUCAUUUGUGAGCAACAACCAUAUUUAAUCUACUCACACGUAAACAAAGCAAAACCUUGUGAAAUGACAUGAAAACAUGUGAUCAUCACAAAGAUAUUUAUUUGUCAUGGAAAAGUCCAACCCGCAGCAGAUGCAGCUGCAAGUCAUGUUCAUCAAAAGCAAAAAAGGAAAAAAUGCACUUGAUGCAAAUUGUUGAGAAAAUUGGAAACACUGAAUAAAAUUCUGAGUAAAAUAAAUACAAUGAAACCUAAAUAUCAUAAAAUAAAUUAAUAUAUUUUAUUUGAACUCCAAAGAAGAUAUCAGUAAAGUGUAAAUGAAAGUGUCGCCAUAAAAUGUUUUGACUGUUUUGACUGUACGCGGCUAAUUCUCAAUGUAAUUCCUAAAUUUGAGCCUGUGAAAAGCUUGAUAACAGUAAAUGUAAAACAUGUAAAUAUGAUUUAAAAAGGCACUUUAUUACACAAUAUUUUUAUUUAUUUAUUUGGAGGGACAAAAAUACUGUUAAUAUUUGCAAUAGUCAUUAAAGGGUUAAUGUUCAGAACGAUGAGAGAAAGAAAAACAUCUAGGAAAAAAAGUUGUAUUUAGAAUUCAAAUGGUACUUUUGCUUUUGCAGUGAGCUCUUGAGGGCCUCGUGAAUACGGGCCAAGGGCCGCAUGUGGCCCCGCUCUGAGCAGGACAGCAAACAGGCUCCGUCUUCUCUAAUGAAGUGUGAAAUAAAAACAAAGAGAUGUUUCUUGACGUUUGAUUUGAGGUAAAAGUGAGCGCAGUUCAGCCUGUUGCUGUAACUGGUGGUUUAAAAGAAGAAAUACGUUUAGAACAAUCAAGUAAAAGGUAAAUAUUUAUGAGCAGUGUGCAACCGUCUAACAAACUUAUACACGAAUACUAACAGAUGUGCCAAAGCAAAGCGCGCUUGUGGUCCUGGCGCCCGACAGAGUGGCUGUUGAGCUUUUCAUGACAGAGUGUGUGCAUGAGCCAGCUGUCAUAUCACAGUCAGGCCUCAAUACUGAGUCAAGACUGAGUCUUCUGAAGGAGGCAGUGAAGGAAGUAACCAGGUCACAGAGGUCAGAGCCUCACUUGAGGAAAUAAAGGUCAUAAUUUCAGGGACGUUGCAGAGACUGACUUCAAACGUGGAUGAAAACCAACUGCAGAUAUGCAAUUGCCAACCUGAAUAUUUGUGGCUGAGUCUAGUCGCUGCUGAGAAAGAUCAAAGUCUCCAGGGAGCUUUGAGCCGCCGCUUGCUUCCUCCCAGCGUCCGGACUCUCAGCGUCCGCUCAGCGCUCUGUUUGGUGAGCCACACAUUUCUCCGUGCCGUGCCCAGCCUCACCUGUCAGGUUCACACGUCUGUGCAGUGUGUCUCCCACAGGAGUUUGUGAGAAGAGAGUUUUGGCUUUGAUGCUUCUCUUCUUCUCUCAUUUCCCGCUCUUGUCGUUGCUGUGUGGCAAUCCAACGUCCUGCCUCCGUUUUCUGUUUGACUUUGGCAGCAUACAUCCAGAGGUCAAAACACUAACUGAACACGGCUAACAAGUGACCAAACUAACAAACUGAAACAUGUAUAUCAGGACUGAAGCUGGCAGCAAAAUUGUAACCGUAACAAGAUCCGAGGGUGACAAGACAGGCGGGUUUUCCCUUCUGUGUACUUACAUACUCCGGUACUCUCUCGCAAGCAAUACACAGAGCCAUCACAGCGUUGAUAACGGACCAGUCAGCUGCAGGUGACUUGGGAUGACUGUUUCAGUGUGCCACAACAUUUGAAAAAGACCUCGUCUUUCUUUGAGUUGCCAGUGGAAACAAGCCUGUGAGUGAAGCUGUGGAAAUGACCUUCUGCUCCUGUCAUGGUCAUCGUGAGGUGACGUCGUCUGUCAUCUAACCGUGCGACGGGAAGGGGGCGUGACCGCCGGGGCGAGGUGUGUCAGCCAUAACAGACGGCCAGUCAGUACUGUAUUUAUUGCCGUAUUUAUUCCUCUGUGCUCAGAACCAAUCCUGCAUUGUAUUGUACAGUGAGGGCAAGGAGCUGUCAAUAAAGUGGGUU